AUGGCUGAGAAUGGCACUGAAGAGACAGAGUUUCUCCUAAUGGGUUUCCCUGGGCGGCCGGAACUGCAGAGGGUCCUCUUCUGGGUAUUCCUGGUCAUUUACCUCCUCACCCUGUGGGGCAACCUGGGCAUAUUUGGGCUCAUCCAGGUGGACGCCCAUCUCCAGACACCCAUGUACUUCUUCCUCGGUCAUCUCGCCCUCCUGGAUGCCUGCUACUCUUCGGUCAUCAUCCCUCAGAUGCUAGUGGCCCUGAGGUCUGGGGGAGCAUCCAUCACAUCUGGACGAUGUGUGGCUCAGUUCUUCCUCUUCACGCUGUGCGCCAGCAUCGAGUGCUUCCUCCUCGCGGUCAUGGCCUACGACCGCUAUGUGGCCAUUUGCCACCCCCUCCUCUAUGUCACCAUUGUGACACCCUGGGCCCGCUGGGGGCUGGUGUCCACAGCUUAUGCGGGGGCACUGGUCCACUCCGUGAUCCGCACGGCCUGCACUUUCUCUCUGUCCUUCUGUAAGUCUCACCACGUGGACUUCUUCUUCUGUGACUUCCCGCCCUUGCUGAAGCUGUCCUGCACUGACACCAAGGCCCAGGAGCUGGUCAUCUACCUGCUAGCUUUCUCCGUCAUCACGACCAGCGUGAUGGUGAUCCUGAUCUCCUACCUGUUCAUCAUCAAGGCCAUCCUGUGCAUCCGUUCGGCCGGCGGGAGGGCCAAGACCUUCUCUACCUGUGGCUCUCAUAUGACCGCGGUGGCUCUGUUCUUUGGGACUCUCGCCUUCAUGUACCUGAAAGGCAAUAUGGGCCAGGCCCUGGAGGUGGACAAGGUGAUAUCCGUGUUCUACACCGUGGUCAUCCCCAUGUUCAACCCUGUGAUCUACAGUCUGAGGAACAAAGAGGUGAAGAUGGCCCUGAGGAGAGUUCUCCACAGGACCAAGAUCGUUCAAGGGCUGGGAAUGGAGAUUUCUCUAUUUACUAAUAGCUACCCUUUCUUUCAGUUUAAUCACCCUGAGAGGGUAUCAAACAAGGCCUGUGACAGAGGCAAGUUGAAAUUUGCGAGUGGGAAGAGACUAUGGGAAUCUACUCUGGGACACAGGUUGGGGUGCGGGGCAGCCAAUGAACAGCAGCGGGCAGAGAAGCCAGAGUGCCAGGGAGGAGAGAAGGAGGAAGCUGAGUCCGGAGUGUGGGCUUUGACUACGGGAGCCUGCCGCUGCCGGAUGAAGGCCCCGAGGAUCGACCGAGUGAGGAAGGAGAACGGCAAGCUGCAAGUUACCAAAGCUGGUCCCAAAGGCUCAUCCUCGCUGAGGACAUCAGCACUGGACCCGCUGAUCAUUGGGUCACUAGCCCUCCCGGCAUUGAUGCAGGCAGCUCCUCUCCUAUUUCCAACAUCAACCCUUGUCCUAGGUGGCCCUGCUAGCUCCUCAGCUUUGAAGAUUCCAGUCUUGGAAUUCGGCCGCUCUGGGGAGUCCUGCAGCUACAGCUCCUCAUUUGCACGUCUGGACUGUCCACUUCCACCACCCUGCAAGGUGGCUCAGGCCUCUGUUUCGGCCAGCCAGCUUGGAGGAGCAGAUGUGAGUCUCUGCCCUGUAGAAUGUUCUAGAAGAAGGAUACCAGAGGCCCCUGUUUCCAUGGAGGUGUGGGCUGAUCGAGGAGCUUGA